AUGAAGAAAAAUAUCAGAAAUUCUCGAACCUAUUAAAAGAUAUCUGAUGAAUAGAAAAAAAAACUCUUGAAAUUAGUUUGCCUUCUAGGCUUUAAGAUAAAGGCCGCAGCAAAAAAAUUAAAGCUUAAAUAUGCCGCUGCCAAAACUUACAUAAUUUACUAUAGGAACAAUGUUAUGAGGUCCAAAAUUUAAAUCAAUUCCAAAUUAGAAUGUAAGAUUGCACCACUUUCAUCAAAAAAGUGCAAAUUCAAUAUUGUAUCGAAACUAGGAGGAGAUGUAGUUGGACAACUCCAAUUUGAAUACCCCACCAUGAAUUAAGAAUGA